UCCGUUAGUGAGUGCGCCCGUACUUGACUGACUCGCGCGCGCGGUCAACCAUGGCGUCAAAGGUUGGCUCGGAUCGGGUUCCAUGGGACGGAGGAGCUAGCAAAGAUCAUCAGCUCAGCUCCUUUCGUCUCUUCUUUCAGCUCCUGCUUCAAUCCGGCCAUGUACUAGUCCAGCCGCCGUCCAGGAGUCUAGCUUCUCCCUCCAUCCCCAUCCGUCCAUCCAAAUCCAUCACCUGAAAAGUUAGCUUCUUCCUUCAAUCCCAUCGAUUGAUUCAGCGGAAAGGAGAUUAUUAGGAGAAGGAUGCAGCGGCAGCAGGAUGAAGCCACGGUGAACGCCGCGGCCAUCGUCCUCGCCGCCGCCGCGAGAACCACCACCAGCGCAGGCCGCCUGCAACUCCGCCAGCAGCUCGACGACGACGACGACGACCACGCCAGCUGCGCCGCCACGAAGACGACGCGAUGGUGGUCGCGCGUCAGGGCGAAGCUCGCGUGCUUCCGGCCCCACGGCCACCCGCAGCGCAUUGCCGACGCGUCGCCGGAGGCUGGCGCAGCGAGCGCCGCCGGUUCCAGCGGCUUGUUCCACAGCACCCGCCACGCGCCGCAGCCCGCGGUGGCCUUCGUGGCGCCGCCGCCGUCGCCGGCGUCGUCCGCGCUCACCUCCUGGUCGCCGUCGCCCGCGGCGCUCGUGAACGCCCACACCACCACCAGCAGCAGCUACAGCUCGCCCACGGCCUCCAUCUUCGCCGUCGGGCCGUACGCCCGGGAGCCGCAGCAGCUGGUGUCGCCGCCGACCUUCUCCGCGGGCCUCACCGAGCCGUCCACCGCGCCGCUCACACCCCCCGCGGAGCUCUCGUGCAGUCCCCACCCGCUGGCCACCACGCCGUCCUCGCCGGAGGUCCCUUUCGCCCGCUUCCUCUGGCACCCCGUCGCGGCGGCAGACCACCAGCACCAGCAGCACUUCUCUGGCGGCGGCGGCGCGGAGGGCCUCCUCAACGCGUAUUACCAGCUGCAGCCGGGCAGCCCCAUCCUCGUGUCGCCGGGAUCGACCUCCUCGUCGCCGCCGUCCUGGACGGUGCGGGCGCGCAACGAGGGCGUGUCGCUUCUUGACGGCGGGCGCAUCCCCAUCACGGAGGAAGGUGGUGACUCUGGCAGCGGCAGCGCGAGCAGGAACGACGACACGCAUGACGAUGAAGCGGCCAAGAGCGGGGGCGAGUUUGUGUUCGGCAGUAAUGUCGAUGCGGCGGCCGGUGGUGCGGUCGCCGGCGGUGAAUCCUUGGCCUUGGGAGACGCGACGGAGCAGUGGCCCUUCCACCUUGCUCAUGGUUGAACUCUGAAUUUGGGUAGUACAGUACAGUACAAUACAUUUACAUGCUGCUGCCGGCCA